AUGCAUCGGUGGACCAACGUCCAAGACCAUCACCAAUAUCCAAUCCUUCACGGUAAAGAUGGUGCUCGCUCAAAACACUUGGAAGUUGCCAAUGACCUCUACAACGACGUAAAGGAAGCGGGGGGGAAAGUGUUGUUCUUCUGUGUCGCUGGCCAGAAUCGCUCUGCUGCGCUCGCCAUUGCGUGUCUCAUGCUGCAUGGGCAGCCACUGGAAUAUGUUCUGAAAAAUUGCUCAAAAUGCCGGCCGUUCAUUUUGGAGAACGUUGGCUUUCAGCGACAGUUGGUGGAGAUGGAAGCUUUGUUGAAAGAGGAGCUUGACCGCGUCCACUGCCCUGCGGUCAAGAAGCCCAAGGUCGACGAAUCGAGGCGGCAUCUCGUGCAGGCGCUGGUGGACUCCUGCAACGUGGAGGUGGAACUCCUGGUCCCAGGCUUGUGCACGAUGGACGUCAAGAUACCAAUCUCGUCCACGGUUGCGUCGGUCAAGAAGAUCCGAUUCUCAUCAAUCAUGUCAACCGCCACCUCUUGGCAUACUCAGACACGCCAGCGCACGUUGCCAAGUCGUGGGUGGUGCUGGCCAUGUUUGGAUACGACGACAAGUUUGAUCUCCCUCUGGAGGAGGAAGCCAUCACAUCCAGCGUCCAGGUCGCAAGGAUGCGGAGCAUGUUCGGGUUGA